CUGCUAUAUUUUACUUGUCAUGAUGCAUAAGCCAAGUCUGGAAGGCAAUCAAAGUGUUUAGUGAAUUUUUGUGAUUUCGUUGAUGAAAAGACAUUGAAGCAGUUAUCGGAUAUUCUUCAUAUCUUAAGGUCAAUACACGUAGCAGUACACUUUUCGGCCUCACUAGCAAAACAAUUGAGCGAAAUUAACUGUCUUACUUGUAAUGUUUUUUUUUCUACUGCAAGUGACAAUUUUGACCCCAGGUCAAAUUACUAGUAAACUGUUUUGCGCUAGUAGCACGACUAGACCAAUCUUAUAAACAUCUAAUAUGCACUAGUAGCCACUUGGAAUUUACUAGUCGGAUCAAACUGCCUACUAGUAGUAGUUUUUACCGCAAUGGUAACAUGUAGUUGUUUUACUGGUAUCCAGAAAUAUCAUGCAGUAAUGGAAAAAAAAUAUAUUAACAGUCCUCAUAAUACAUUCUACUAUUGUGCUGGAUUGUCUUAAUAGUGAGGACAAAGAUGUACUAGUAUAUGGAUGAAUUUGGCAUUCUAGUAGGACAACAACAUGUAACUAUCCAUGCAUCCAUUUUGUAAACUGCUUAUCCUCACGAGGGUCCCGGGAGCGCUGUAGCCUAUCACAGCUGACAACGGCCAGGAGGCGGGGUACUCCCCGAACUGGUCGCCAGCCAAUCGCAGGGCACAUAGAGACAAACAGCCGCACUCACAAUCGCACCUAGGGGCAAUUUAGCGUGUCCAAUUAAUGUUGGAUGUUUUUGGAAUGUGGGAGGAAACCGGAGUGCCCACCCGAAGAAAACCCACGCAGGCCAAGGGAGAACAUGCAAGCUCCACACAGGCGAGGCCGGGAUUUGAACCCCGGUCCUCAGAACCGUGAGGCCGACGCUCUCACUAGUUGCCUCACCGUGCUGUCAUGUAAAUGUAUCCAUCCAUCUAUUUUCUUUGCCACUUAUCCUCACAAGGGUCGCGGGUAGCGCUGUAGCCUAUGCCAGCUGACAACGGCCAGGGGGCGGGGUACACCCCGAACUGGUCGCCAGCCAAUCGCAGGGCACAUGGGGACAGACAACUAUCAUAAUCACACCUACGGGCAAUUUAGAGUGUCCAAUUAAUGUUGCAUGUUUUUGGGAUGAGGGAGGAAAACCGGAGUGUCCGCCCGGAGAAAAGCCACGCAGGCACGGGGAGAAUAUGCAAGCUCCACACAGGCGAAGCCGGGAUUUGAACCCCGGUCCUCAGCACUGUGAGGCCGUGCCGUCACGUAAGUUUAUACUUCUUCCAUUUCCUUGAUAAUUGAAGGCAGUUGUAGAAAAACAAAUAAACAAACAAACAUUGCCAGUACGACGCAUUUGUUUCCAUCAUUACGCUGAAUUGUUUUGUUAUUGUGCCCAAAGAUCAUACGAGUAUAUGCUCAAGAAUAUUAAACAAAUGCUUAAAUGGCUUUUUUUUUUUUUUUUUAAAUCCACGCGCAUCCAAAACAGCGGAUGCAGAGUUGGAAACUAUUUUGACAAUAAUCCCAAACAAGCGAUCGUGUUUCCGUUUCCACCAAACGCAAUUGAUAUCUCUGCGCGUGUAGCAGGCAAAAGCUGUGUUUAUAAGCCUUCUUGCCCAAUGGCCGCCACGGUUUCGUCCCGGCUGAAGUACCUCUCCCUCGGCGUGCUGGUGUUCCAGACCACGUCCCUGGUGCUCGUCAUGCGCUACUCGCGGACCCUGCAGGCCGAGGGCCCGCGGUACCUGGCCUCCUCGGCCGUGGUGGCGGCCGAGCUCACGAAGAUCUUCAUCUGCCUGAUGCUCGUCUUCAGAGACCACAGUUACAGCGUGCGAGCCUUCAACAGCGUCCUACGCCAGGAGAUCGCCCACAAGCCCUUGGAGACCCUGAAGCUCGCCAUCCCCUCGGGCGUCUACACCCUGCAGAACAACCUGCUCUACGUGGCCCUGUCCAACCUGGACGCCGCCACCUACCAGCUCACGUACCAGCUGAAGAUCCUGACCACGGCUCUGUUCUCCGUGCUGAUGCUGGGACGCCGGCUGGGCAUCUACCAGUGGCUCUCGCUCAUCAUCCUCAUGGCCGGAGUGGCUCUCGUGCAGUGGCCGUCCGAAUCCUCGGUGGUGGCGGAGAAGGCGUCCGUGUCCGCGGGCUCCCAGUUUGCGGGCGUCACGGCCGUCCUGGUGGCGUGCUGCUCCAGCGGCUUCGCCGGCGUCUACUUUGAGAAGAUCCUGAAAGAGAGCAAGCAGAGCGUCUGGAUACGCAACAUCCAGCUCGGGAUAUUCGGCCUGUUUUUCGGCUUUUUCGGGAUGCUGAGCUUCGACGGGGACAAAGUGAUGGAGUCGGGAAUGUUCCAGGGUUACAACGCGGUCACCUGCGCGGUGGUCACGCUGCAGGCGCUGGGCGGUCUGGUCAUCGCGGCGGUCAUCAAGUACGCUGACAACAUCCUGAAAGGUUUUGCGACGUCGCUCUCCAUUAUCCUCUCCGCGUUUAUUUCCUACUUUUUCCUCCAGGACUUCGAGCCCACCAGCAUCUUCUUCUUGGGAGCCGUCCUGGUCAUCGCCGCCACAUUCCUCUACGGCUACAAAGGCAAGCCGGCCCCAAACCCCAGCAGGGCGUGAGGCGGACCCAAGGCCCAGUGGGACCAAACGGGGGUCAGGGAAAGAGAGGCGGAAAGGUCAGUUUGGAAGGGGCGUACAGGAAGAGGUCAGGAAAAGGUCGAGCACAAUCUCUGUUUACACCUGAAGUGCCUGAGCUGGCAACAGGAAGUCACAACGUUUUUGCAGAAUCAUUCCAUCUGGAGCAAUAAUGUCUGCGUGUAUUCAAACUGAGGAACGGGUGCCGUGUAAGGGUAGGAAAUUCAUUACAGUGGAACCUCGCUUUUCAAUUACCCCCCCCCCCCCAUCAAAAUUAUAUCCCAUUUCUCAUACAUUCGAAGUAUUACAUUUUUUAAAAAGGAUCACCAAACAGCUUUGGCGUAUUUCACAAUGCAAGCUUUUAAUAACAACUCAGAGCAAUAACAAUCGUCCUGGCAGUCGGAGUACCUCAUCCUGGCAAAGGUCAGGCUUUCAAAAUAAAAGCGUGCCUUAUAAUAACAGUUUCAACACCGUUUCUUUGCGAGCAUAUUCAGCAGUAACACCCAAUAAACAACACAAAAUUGUUUGUGUAUGCCCACAAAAUAAGAGAUUACGGGGCCAAAGAAAGUGUGGUGAAACUCAUUAUAAUGACCUGAUUUUAUUUUGAAAGCCAGAUGUUUCGAUGUUUAGGCCUUUUGUAAACCAGGGAUGGUGAGUUCGUAUCUCACCUGGGCCCCCGCUCCCCAAGCGGGGUUGCGUCAGGAAGGGCAUCAAGCAAACAAAUACGAGCGUUCAUCUGAGACCCCCAACGGGACAAGCCGAAAGAAACUUACUAUGUACGGCGAGAGGUGAUCCACAGACCCGAUUUGCCGAGCAGACCGGGAGGCUUGUUCCUGGCUUGAAUUGUUGAGAAAAGCUUCCAUCGUGGAAUACGCCUUGCGCUCUGUUGAACGGGCCUUUGUUAGAAUACGACAAAAAGUUCCGAGUGUCAGCCAUUUGCUAAGUGAGGUGAGGAAGAUGAGAGGAUUUGAGAAAGAACUUAGCAAAGUACGAAAAUGGCUCCUCCCGCUCCACAUUCUCACUGUCUUCCAUUCCAAGAGUUGAAAAUAAAGGUAAAGGUGAUGUUAAAUUAUUUUUCCACUUAAUCUAUCCGAUUGAUUUCCUGCUGGUUUCUGUUUGUAAUCUCUCAUCUCUCUCUCUCUCGUGUUAAUGAUUUUAGGUAUCUAGUACGGAAUCAUUGGAUUUACAUUAUGGGGUUAUGUUGCUUUGGUUUUUCAUACAUUUUGGUUUUAGUCAGACUUCCUGGUUCAUCUUGAAAAACGUGGUUCCACUGUAUUCACCGGGAAAAAAAAAAAAAUUCAAAUUUCGCAAUGAACCGAGAAAGCGCUGCAACCUUUUCAGGGAAAGAUCAUCGGACCUUCUCCGGUCAGCAAGUGAAAGGUUGUGGUCCCGUUUUAGUUUUGGGGAAUUUCACCCAGCAGCCCGAAUCCCAUUUCUUAAUCGUGGCGGCCGAGAUUGCAUCUCGUGGAAUCGAAAUGCAAACUUUUUCAUGUUUUGGAGGAGGAGAGGGGGAAAAAAAAAAAAAACGAUUGUGGGCACUUAGGGAGGCGUUUUUGUGUUGUUGCCAGGCAACCAGUGGCCAUAGUGGCUCAACAUGGCUACCAAGUCACUUGAGAAACACUGAGACAUAAAGUUAUUACUAAAAUAUGAAGUCGUUAACAGUGGAUGUAAAUAAUGGCGGCUUUAAAAAUAGGCUGUUACCCGAAAAUGAAAUAAUUUAAAUCACUCAUUCCUUCGGCUCAUGUAAUUUAUUGUCGUCAAUGUUGGGGUUAAAAUGGGCCCCUCCCCUUUUUUAUUUUAUUUUUUUUUUAAUGCUGACGAGAGAUUUAUGAGCUUUUAUUUUGAAGAGCUUCAUCAAGUUGUAUCAUUUAAUUGUGCUUACUGUUCUUUUUUUGUUGGAAUUGUCAAAUUAUUGUCUCAAUUACGAAUAAGACAAUCUUUGUAUAAAGUCGAAAAAUGUGUCUAA